AUGCAACUCAGAACUCUGGCAGUUGUGGUUGCCUCCUUAACGCUGGCGCAGGCUCGCCCAGAAGCACGACUUUAUCGUCGGGAGUUGCCAGUGCGCAAUGAUACCAAUGUCCAAGGUGGAUCCAAUCCGCCCCCAGCUGCUGUCCCAGAACCAUUGAUGACAACUGAGCAACCUGCAGCCAUACCUUCAAUUACUGCUGCAAUCAGUGACACUGCUGUUGCAGCUGUGAUCCCUCCUGACCCUGCAACUGUCACUGCGUCAGCCAUUGAGACCACUACGUUUCCAAGCGUCGAGUCCGCUGCACUAUCAACCACCAUGGGGCUUGCUGAGCCUGUAGUUGAAGCUCCUGCACCUUCAACAACCACAACGAGCAGCACAGCUCCUGUCAUUGACGAAGCCUCGACUUCGACUACAACUUCUACAAGCCCAACUGCUGUAGGGGAAGUUGAUGUUACUAGCUCCGAAUACCAGUGGUCGGAUUGGGUUUCUUUCACCUCAUCAAGCACGGGUGACACAACUGUGGAUGGAGCAACCCCGGCUACAACUACAACAACUGAGAAUGGCGAAGCCGAGUCUACUUCAACUACCACUACAAUUACAAAUAAGAAAGGUGAGGAUGAGAUCACUUCAGCUACCUCGACGACUACAAGUACCAAGAAAGACGAAGAUGAGACCACUACUAGUAAUGUUAAAGACGAGACAACUUCAACUUCUACUGCCACCACAACUACAAGCACAACUAAGAGCACCAAGGGCGAAGAUGAGACCACUACAACUAGCGCAACCAAAGUUGACGCUGCCACCACGUCAACCACUACAAGCACUGGGACUACUACCCAGAAGACGACCAAGGACGUCGAAUCGUCGUCAACUAGCACCACUACUAGACCAAGCGUGGAUGGCGUAACAACCUCCUCGACCACCACAACGGAAGAAAUGACCUGGGACGAUUGGAUGUCCUCGACGAGGAGGCAUACGAAUGUUGAUGGCGAUGGUUCCUCCCAAACCACGACCAGUGCCGCAACACUGGAGACGAAGCAGAAGACAACGGAUGAGAUCAAGGAGUCUCCGAGAACUUCGAAGAACAUGGAUGGUCAAAGCUCUGUCGUUGAACCAGUAUCAAGCCCAACAAUCGUUCGCAAGCCAAGCACUAAUCAGCAGGUUGAGCAAACAACCAGCUCUAGGCCUGUUGUUAGCGUGACCAUUGAGGAAUCAGUGGCGACCUUGACUCUUGGCACAGGGCCAACAGCAUCAGUCAUAACUACAACUAUCCGGUUGACCAAGACCUUCACUGUGACAAAUACGAUAUAUGCUACCAUCACACGCCCAUCACCUACCGGCAGGCCAGAUGGGCCAGGUGCACCAGUUGGCAACGUGGCUGUUCCGAGCGACGUUGGCAUUCCAAAGGACGAAGCCACUACAACUGUGACGCUGGUGUCUACCACUACACAAACUGUUUAUGUCACCCCUGCUCCGAUCACAAAGACUGUAACCGAUGGCUCAUGCAGUAUCUCAUAUGUUACUGUCACCGAAGUGUCUAAAAGCACAGUCACAGUGACCGAGACCCCUAGUGGGAGAAGGCCGCCCGUUAGACCGUCUCCGCCGGUUGCCAUAGUCGACCCAGAGGAAACUAGCACUUCGACCACUGUGUCUUCUACUUCGACUACAAGUUCGUCGUUGUCCUCGUCUUCCUCCACCCCCACCACCCCCACCUCCUCUUCCUCUUCUACUUCUUCUAGCUCAACCACUUCAGCCACUUAUACAGGCCCUUAUGGCCUCGGGAAUGGCACUCGACCAGAACAUCUCAAUUCGGCGAGCUCCGGAUUCAUGACAGUGUCGACACAGGCUGCUCCAACGGGAUGGAAAGCAUAA